CCCUGACCUGAUCCGCAUCCGAUCCUGCGCCAGAAGCAUGCCUCUUCGCACCAAACUGACCGAGAAGCUCGGCAUCGAGCACCCCAUCAUCCAGGGUGGGAUGCAGUGGGUCGGCACGGCCGAAAUGGCAAGCGCCGUGUCGAACGCUGGCGGUCUGGGAGUUCUCACGGCAUUGACCCAGCCCACGCCCGAGGAUCUCCGCAAGGAGAUUCAGCGCUGCCGCACCAUGACUAGCAAGCCCUUUGGAGUAAACUUGACGAUUCUGCCGGCUAUCAACCCUCCUCCGUACGAGGAGUAUGCCAGAGUAAUCAUUGAGAGCGGAAUCAAGGUUGUUGAGACGGCCGGCAACAACCCGGGCCCGUUUGUCAAGAUGUUCAAGCAGGCCGGCAUCAUCGUCAUUCACAAGUGCACGGCGAUCCGACACGCUCUGAGCGCCACCAAGAUGGGCGUCGAUUUCCUCUCGAUCGACGGAUUUGAGUGUGCUGGCCAUCCUGGCGAGGAUGAUGUUGGCGGCAUAGUUCUGCUCGCAAAGGCGGCCAAGACUCUCAAGGUGCCCUAUGUUGCCUCGGGCGGCUUUGGCGACGGACGCGGCCUUGCUGCUGCUCUGGCGCUGGGUGCCGAAGGCAUCAACAUGGGCACCCGCUUCCUGGCGACGAAGGAGGCUCCGGUGCACCAGAACGUCAAAGACCGUCUCGUCGAAGCCAAGGAGACCGACACUGCGCUGAUGUUUAGAACGCUGCACAACACUGCCAGGGUCUUCAAGAACGCCGUUUCCCAGGAGGUCGUUCGCAUCGAGCGGCGACCCGGCGGCGCCACCUUUGAUGACGUCAAGGACCUGGUGGCCGGCAAACGUGGCCGGAGCGAAGUGUUCGAAAAGGGCAACACCGAGAACGGCGUGUGGACAGCCGGCCAGGUCGCUGGGUUGAUCGAUGAUAUUCCCACUUGCAAAGAUCUCCUGACGCGCAUGGUGCGUGACGCAGAGCAAAUCAUCUCGGAUCGCCUUUCGAAGAUGAUCAUCAAGCCGGCCAGCAAACUCUAGACGAGAGGACCCGACCGCCAAGUUCGUCAGGAGGACGCAUUGCAUCCGCGAGGCAAGUCAGGCUCUCGGCUCCAUCAGACGGUGUAGUGCCUGGUUAGAAAGUAGGCAUACAGACCGAGCUUGCCGCCUGUGGAAAUCGAGCUUGGGGACGCCGUAACCGACUCCACUUGCUCCGAGUCUCUGGUCACUGAAUACACACACCCCGAGUGCCCAGGGAUCGAGCACUUGAACAAGAACGGUCUUGCGACAGGGUCUUUCUCCAGCCAGAAGCGAUGAGCGUGAUAGCAUGCAUCCGUGCAUGCAUGACAUCGGCAGCACGUCUCUACAUUCCGAA